CUGGCAGGGAAGAACAGAAAUUCAGCUAAUUUGCAGACAAAUGUUGGCAAUGAAUACGGUGCCAUUUUAAAAUCCGUAUUGACUAGCUCGGAGUCAAAUGAUGCAAUUUAAUCAAUGCCAAAUGGUAUUGCUGCUAGCUACGCCACUGCAAAUGUGUUACGACCAACGUUGUUGUACACUGACCGAGAUUGCUGCAAUGAAAAUGGUCUGUCAGAAUAUCAACAGUUAUUCAGUGCCUGGAAAGACAUGGAAGUUCGACUCGACAUAUGGCAUUUCAUGAGAAGACUUGCCCGUGGAUGUACUUCUGAGUCACACCCACUGUACGGACCAUUCAUGGCAGGCUUAUUUUCAGCAAAACUGAUGCAAGCAAAAAAAAAUAAGCUAAAAAUUGCCUGAAUUACUAAUCCCUCUGAGGACGCAAU